AAUAAAAAGGGCCUACAUCUUCUUCUUCUUCUUCAAUAUGCCCGCCGGAGAUACAGCCAUCUCCAACAUAGUGAGCAUAGACGUAGGGGGUCAGCUUUUCCAGACAACGAAACACACCCUUGCGCAAGCAGGUUCCAAAUCCCUCCUCCUGGCCAAUGCUGCUUCGUCCGCAGUUCCCUUGUUCAUUGACAGAGAUCCGGAGCUCUUCUCGGUUCUCCUGUCCCUCCUCAGGACUGGGAGCCUCCCUUCAAGGGCAAAGGCCUUGGAUGUCCAAGAUCUGAUCUUUGAGUCCCGAUUCUACGGCAUAGAGCACCUCCUCACCAAUUCCCCUUCUCUGCUCGACCCCUUCAACCUCCAAAAAUCCAUGCUUCUGCCAUUCUGCGGCAGAGACUCGCCCGCCUCCAUCUCCACAACCCCCUCCGGAUCCCUUCACGUUGCGCACGGCAGCAAGGUCACCUCCUUCGAUUGGGCUCUGCGCAGCAAGUCUACCAUGCUGACCCAAUUCACGGCCAUCGAUUCUCUCCUGGCUCUCUCCCCCAGUGUCGUCGCAGCUGGGGCCACCGAUCUUUCAGGCCUCCAGAUUCUUGACGUCGAUCAGGGUUCCCUUACACACACCCUCCAGUGGGAAAACGUCACUCGCUCCGACUCCACCGUUCUUGCAAUCGCCUCAUCCCAUGACUACAUCUUCACUACCUUCGAGUCCGGGAGGAGGAACUCCAGCUGCGUUAUGGUCUACGACCUCAACACCUUCACGCCUGUGGCUGAGAUCGGCCACUGCGAGAUCUUCGGGGCCGACCUCGAUUCUGCUAUUCCCCCCACCAAGCUCAGGUGGAUCCCCACUCACAACCUGCUCAUGGCUGCCGGGUCCCACAGCGGGCCCUCCGGCGUGUCCGGCAAUAUCAAGUUUUGGGACCUGAGGUCCGGGAACACCGCUCCCGUGUGGGAGGUGAAGGAGAGAGCCGAUUGCUUCUCUGACAUUACUGUCUCCCCGGCCGGCACGCUGUUCAAAGUCGGAGUCCACUCGGGAGAGGUUUUCUUUGCUGAUUUCAGGAACAUCCUCAGCAGCGACGACAAUGUUUGGGUUUGCCUUGGUGGUGCUGACGGGUGGAGGACAGCAAACAACAAUAACAAUAAGAAGAAGAAGAAGAAGGAAGGGGUCGGGUGUAGGAUUGAAUGUCAUGGGAACCAAGUGUUUCGCAGUAAGGGGGGGCAGAUAGAGUUGUGGUCGGAGGUUUUGGUGGGGUCGGGCAAUGGCCGUGGGGUUUUCCGCAAGAACACGAUGAGUGGUAGUGAUAGUAUUAUUACCCAUAUGAGCUUUGGAGGGAACAAGAUGUUUGUUACUCGGAAGGAUCAGCAAUGUGUUGAGGUUUGGCAGAAUUGUGUGACCAGAUUAUUUUAGUUAUUACUUACUUCCCAUAUGGUAUAUACAUCAUACAUGCAGCAGCAGCAGCUAGUAGUAGUUCCUGCUCACUCUCCCUCUUUCUGGAUGGGAAGCUAAAGAUUUGUAGCUUGUGAACCAAUAAGCCUUCCACGUCUUCUUCUCUCAAAUGUGCAUUCAUUCAUGUAUUAAUAAUGAUAAUGUUGGUUGAAGACGAUUGUUUCCUCCUUUGGUUGGUUUAUUAUUUAUAUCCAAUCUUAGGUGUCUUUUUGGUGUGGCAGUAGGAUAGGUCCCCAAAAGGAUUGGUUGGAUAGGCAACGGACUGGAGAAGCAAUCGACUUGAAAAAGAAUGUAGGCAAGGUAGGUUUAGCCAUUAUAUUAACUUUUAAAAGUAGUUGACCAAAAAAUGUUGACUUUGCAAAUCAAUUUGGGACUUAUGGAGUAUUUUGUUUGCACUUUUGGUAGUAUUGUUGUUAUUGAUAUUGUUGAAGGUAAGUAAACCAAAUCACACAAUUUACUUUCAUGAAAAAAAAAUUAAAGCACAUAGUGCAUAUUAUUUGGUUAUGAUUGCUUUCAAAACCCAUCAUUACCUUAAAAGAAAAACUCGGGGGAAAGAGGGGUUUGUAGCUCUUAAACUAGACAUGAGCAAAGCCUAUGAUAGAGUAAGGUGGAAUUUUUUAUUUGAGGUUAUGAGAGCUAUGAAUUUUGCACCAGAAUGGAUCCACCUGAUCAAGGAAUGUGUGAGUUCUGUUGAGUAUCUGAUCCCGUUUGAUAACACGUUUCUCGGUCCGAUUCUUCCAAGGCGCGGAUUACGCCAAGGAGACCCCCUAUCUCCAUAUCUUUCCAUACUUGUUGCGGAAGGCCUUAGUCUGUUGAUCAGGAAAAAAUGAAAAACAGGGGAGGAUCCAUGGAGUUUCGGUGGCAAAGGGGGCACCUAGGGUGUCACACCUAUUUUUUGCAGAUGACAAUUUUCUAUUUUUCAGAGCUCAAGAGGAUGAGUGUAAUGUGAUUAAAGGUAUUCUUAGCACCUAUACUUCAACUUCGGGGCAAAUGGUUAAUUUUUCUAAAUCAGCACUUUCUUUUAGUUCAAAUGUGGCUGGUCCUACAAGGGACAAUAUUUGCAACAUGCUGGGAGUUUACCAGGAGCAAGUCGGGUCCAGGUACUUAGGACUUCCGUCAUUAAUCGGGAGGCGCAAGAUGGAAAUCUUGGGAUUCUUGCGUGAGAGAAUUGUCAAAAGAAUACAAAGCUGGAAUAACAUGUUCUUAUCAAAAGCAGGGAGAGAGGUGUUACUGAAGACUGUUAUUCAAGUUACGCCAUCGUACGCGAUGAAUGUCUUUCUUUUGCCAGCAAAGUUGUGUACUGAGAUAGAAAGAAUAAUGAACGGAUAUUGGUGGCGGAGAAAGGAGAUGACGGGAUGGGGAAUUAGAUGGAAAAGUUGGCAGGACCUUUGUAAACCGAAACAGAAAGGGGGGCUGGGAUACAGGUCCCUUCGAGAGUUCAACAUUGCUAUGUUGGGAAAGCAGGCGUGGCGAUUGACUACUGAUACUAAUUCAUUGGUUAGCAAAGUGUUUAAGGCAAGGUACUUCCCAAAAUCUUCGUUCUUAGAUGCUAAGCUAGGGAGCAAUCCCUCUUAUAUCUGGAGAAGUGUGUUUGAAGCCCAGGGCAUUAUUAGGGAUGGUACUAGAAGAAGAGUGGGUAACGGGAGAGACAUCUAUGUUUGGAGAGAUAGUUGGUUACCAAGGAAAGAGGGGGGCAUGGUGUUAUCUCCUAAGCCGGAGGGAGUUUUUUACAUGAAUGUCGCUUCACUAAUUAAAGAAGAUUGUUCCGGCUGGAAUGUGCAAAGGGUGCAUAACGUCUUUUCACAUGAGGAGAGUGAGGCCAUCUUGAGUAUCCCUUUGAGCAAGAGGGACGUUAGCGAUGGAUUCUGGUGGAGUGAUGAUGUAAGGGGAGUUUAUACGGUAAAGAGCGGGUAUAGGAGGAUUAAAGGGGAAGUUCUGGAAGAGGGUUAGCUAGGAUGGACUCGUAUGUGGGGGUUGUCCAUCCAACCAAAAAUCAAACACUUUUUUUGGCAAGUAAUGACAAAUGUUUUACCGGUGGCUGAAAACUUGCGUAAAAAAAGGGUGGACAUUGCAGCUGAAUGUAAGCUGUGCGCAGAGGCAGAAGAAACUAUUUUUCACUUGUUUAAAAAUUGCAGGUUUACUCAAGGAAUCUGGAGCAAUUAUAGGCAAAUUUUUCAGCAACAAAGUGACUCAUUUCAAGAUUGGGUGUAGCAGCUCUUCAGUAAGGUAACAGAUGAAAACUUAUGUACUUUUAUUACCUUACUUUGGAGCAUAUGGAAGAGCAGGAACGACUGGACGUGGAAGGGGAUACAUUUUGAUGACCGGCAGGUCUGUAACUCAGCUGCAGCAGUCCUUCGGGGGUGGAGAGAGGCGCGUGAAGCCACACAACAAAAGCUCCCAGUUGCAGCAGCCAAGGUAAGAUGGUCUCGACAUCCAGCGGGAUUUAUAAAAAUCAAUACGGAUGGAGCAGUCUGCAAUCAAGGAGGGAAGAGAAGCUGGGGAUGGGUAGCUCGUGAUGAUACAUGCAAUUUUAUGAGAGGAGGAUGGGAAAAUUGCAAAGCUGGUUGGUCACCCCAAGUAACCGAAGCGGUGGGACUGAGAGAAGUGAUGCUUUGGGCCAUAAAUCAAGGGUGGAAGAGGGUGGUCUUUGAAAGUGAUGCAUUGUUUGUUGUUUCAAGGCUUGAAGAAGAAGGGGGGAUCCUACUUGGAUAUUAUUAUGGAAGAUAUAAGACAUAUUCUUCAGUUAGAAGCUGGGUUUUCUGUCACUCACUGUAAGCGGUCCACGAACGUUGUAGCUCACACAUUAGCUAGGGCUGCACUUUCAAUGACGGAUAACAAGGCUGUUUUCGAUGUUAUUCCGGAUUGUAUUUUUAGCCAGUUGGCAAACGAUGAUUUGAAUUAAUGAAGAAGGUUGUUUACUGUAAAAAAAAAAUAAUAGUUUUGAGAACAUAAGUGCACA